AAUGUAGACAACUUAAUUUGGGCAGGUACAAUAAGGUCUGCUAUUUACCCUUAAAACAAAUUAACCUACACGCACGCAACAUACAUGUAGGCCUACCUAUAGUAACUUGAGUCUUGAGGUCAUCUCACUAGAAUAGGCUACUCCUAUUACUUUGUUGAACGUAAUUAAUUUCGUUAAAGAAAGUGCGGGAAAUGGUCAGUGUGCAAUGAGGGCAAAACUAAGGUUUGUGGGUCGAGUGUUCUUUGAGGCAGAGAACGUCCCCCGAUUUCAAAAGUAACCAAUCAUCGCCUCUGAAAAUGGAGGGAAAUGGCUCGUUGGAUUUUCUUUGAGCUCAGCUUGUGUGACGUAGUACAGCAGCUGUAAUAUAUACGGUACAUCUCGGUGUAUCUGUUACUACCCGACUGAUUCAUCACCAUGCCUGACCCAGCCAAGCCUGCGCCCAAGAAGGGCUCCAAGAAAGCCGUGAGCAAGACCGCCGGAAAGGGUGGCAAGAAGCGCAAGAGGACCAGGAAGGAGAGCUAUGCCAUCUACGUGUACAAGGUCCUGAAGCAGGUCCACCCCGAUACUGGGAUCUCUUCUAAGGCCAUGAGCAUCAUGAACUCCUUCGUCAACGACAUCUUCGAGCGCAUCGCUGGUGAGGCUUCCCGCCUGGCACAUUACAACAAGCGCCACACCAUCUCCUCAAGGGAGAUCCAGACCGCAGUGCGUCUGUUGCUGCCCGGUGAGCUCGCCAAGCACGCCGUUUCUGAGGGAACCAAGGCCGUCACCAAGUACACCAGCUCCAAGUAAAGUGUUCGCCCACAUUUUCCCAACCAAAAGGCUCUUUUAAGAGCCAACCAAACUCUCAUCCAAAAGCUA